AUGAGCAAUGCAGCGGAUGACGACCCACAAUUUGAUUUUAACUUCAUGGACAUACCUGAUACUGAACAGAAGGACACAGGCCCCAAAGCAAAGAAGGUGGAAAGCACUAAGAAGGAAUUACAGGAGGUACUCAACCUGGAAGACAAUGUCUCAAAUGGCUUCGUUCGGAAAUGUGUCCUAAAGUACAGCAUGCCACAGCCCAAGAAAGAUAACUGGGGCGCUGCGGAUCACCUGGCACGCUUUCACCUUAACAUCAGGAACAUCAACCUGCGAUCACGGGAGGGGGUCUUCUUUGCAACAACGACACAAGGAACUACCCACGAGGAGGACACUGGCGACGAGGAACGCGAUGAACUCAGUAAAGAUGAAAAAGACGAUGAUAUUCCAAGUCUGAAAGCACCCGAAUGGAAGACUGAAAUGCUGAACCCAAGACAGCAGGUGCUCCUUGAAAAGAAAUCAGAUGUCUUUGAUCCAACCGAGACAUACUGGAAGUUUCGGCAUAUCAUCGAGGCACUAAAAUACGUCGAACUAGCCCCAGACGCAGCCGCAGCAGAUGCCAUCAGGCUCGCUGAUGAAGACGCAGAUCCGACCACCGAGUCGAACACACAAUAUGACGCCCCGUCAACGGGCCCGGAGGCAUUCUCAGCCUCCGGGCCCACGUCGACGUUUGACGAGGCAAGGUAUGUCGAAGCAUCUGAGCUGGAAAGUGAACUUGGUGCAAUCCCACUAGGAAUCAGACACCAUCUUCUGCCUUCCUCAGGUAUGCCACGCCACCUAGAGUCCUAA